ACCGUCGCAUCGUUCAACGGUCGAGAAGGAUCCGAACCAUCUUCUCUCGUUCAUUCAAUCAUUCGAUCGUAAAGUGUUUGCAGCAUCUCUCGGAUGACGAUCCCUUCGUUUCCUCGAAAGGGGGAAUAAAAAUAUAAAUUAAAUAAUCGUUCGAUAAUAACCGCGUCGACAACGACAUUCCUUCUCGAGGGAUGAAUCGUCGGAUCUUGUUCCUCCCCCUCUGCGCCACUUUUCUCUCGUUCGCCCCCGUCUCGAUCGCGCAGAACGACCAAGUUCCCGCCUCCGCCGCCUCCGCGCCUGUUUCCGCUUCUCCCCCAGAGGACAGACCGUAUCGGUUCGCCUUCAACAUCGUCGAUUUCCAGCACAGAUACGAGAACAAAGGGGAGUAUGGAUUCGUAACGGCGGACGGGAUGUACCACGAAACCGCAUACGGGACGGACAAGAACGAUAACUUCGUGGUGACCAGGACGCGUUACGGAAGGAUCAAAACUCUGAAGGACGCGCAAGGGAUAUUGAAAAACAGGGCGAAAGGUGGGAGGAAGCUGGUGGAGGCGAUAGCGAGGGCUUGCGGCGCGUGUCGCCGGAUAGGAUUGGGAAUGGACAAGGCUGCAGAUGUUCAGGGGGAGGCAAGGGGAGGCGCAAUUGCCGCGAAACCCGCCACUUCCGACCCUUUGCUGGAAAGGGUGAGGGGCACGUUGAUAGAAAAGAAGAGAGAUGACGCCUCGGGCCGAGAACGGAGCAAGAGUUUUAAAGACGCGAGGGGGUCGAGAAGGGGGAAGGGGUUGACCGUGAGGAACGUGAUUGAGGCCAGGAACUCGACGAAGGGGCUCGUUCCCCGCGAGUGGAACAAUUCGUCGAACGGGGACAACGAGGACGUCCGAUAUCGGUUCAAUUACACGAUAAGCUCGCACGGGCAUCGAGAGGAUGGGUACGUGAGCGGGAAGAAGGACGAAAGGCCGGGAGGGGAGGAGAAGGGCAGGGCGAACGAAUUCCGCCACCAGCCCAACGUUUCGACCUUCGUCAACGCGACCAACGACGAAUCGCAACGGCUGAAAGGGAGUCUCUUCCUCUGGUAUUGAUCCCGAUUGAUCCACCUUCUCACUAUCUCUUCGCCUCUUCGCCGCAUCUGUCAAUCUUCUGUCGAACGAAUUUCAUGUAACGCAAAGAAAAAAAGGGGGAAAAAAGGAAAAGAAAAAACGUCGAUCGUCGACGAGAAAUAAAAAAAAAAGGGAAAUGAAAUAUCGUAAAUCUCCUCUCCCGAUUCCAAAAUUCGUUCCUCGAUUUAUCGAAUCAGAACAGUGAGCGUUUUCGCGGGGGAAAAAGUUCACCGAUGAUUCAUCCUGCGUAUAAUAAUCAUUCAUAACGAGCUGCGACCGUUUCGCGCCGAUUAUGCGGAACGUUUUCGAUUAUGCUAAUCGAGAGCGGAGAAAAUAAUUGGCCUCGUCGAUUAUUAUAUUCGAAUGGGGACGAAAAGAUUUUCAUCUUUUACUUUGUUAACACACGGCCUGUAAUGAAUAUCCUCGAUCGAGUGGAAGAUCCAUCCAAUCAGGGAGUAAAGGCGCGAGUUAUUCCUAAUUCGUUCUUAAUUCCACGCAGUUUCGAAAGCAACGCCGAUUUCACUGUAGAGGCUCCGUGCCUCUUCGUAGUUUAACUUUAAAAAAAAAAAAAGAGAUGGCCAGAAGAAUUAGGUUGUAUUAGCAUCCCAGCGUUGUCCAAGCGGAAUUUCUGUCGCUUCUGGUCCACGUACGUGACUCACGCCCGUGCCAAGCUACACGAGUACAAUGUUAAUUCCAUUAUGCUUUUCAGUAAAAAAAGAAAAAAGAAAGAAACAUCGUGUCAUUAAAAAUGUAACAGGAAACGCGAUAGAAAUUAUGGAGGGAUGCCAAUUUCCAACGAGGGAGAGAGAGAGGGAGGGAAGUUUUUCGAUGGUAAAAAAAUCGAUGAUCAAAAUCGAUAACUUUUCGUUGAGAGAAAAAGUCGUUGGAUAAAGGGCGAAAGAGAGAGAUUUCGCGUUUCGAACGAAAACGAAAAUGGAGAUGGAACUUUUGAUCGAAUUUCCAUCGAGUUUUAUUAGAGAAUUAAUAAGUCUUAUUUCGUAAGCGCGGUAAAAAAAAUUCUUUCCCAUUCACAGGAGCGGCUCGACCCCACGAGGCGGUCAGAAUUCCUUAAGGAGAGCCAGACGCGGCUCGGUUUCAACAACAAUGUGUGUGCCCACGAAAACCGUGGCAGUGGGGGGA